AUGUCAGUGGCGCCUACGGAGAUCCAGGCGUACAUGCCAUGGGCCAAGGCCCAAGCGAUGGCGCGCCUGUCCCAGCCUGUGAGCGCUACGCCGCCGCAGCCGCAUGUCACGUUCAUUAUGGGCAACGAGGCGGGUGACUUGGACUCGGCAGCGUCGGCGAUUGCCUUGAGCUAUAUAUUGAAUCACGACCAGUCGUACUUUGUGCAUACGUACCGCGUGCCUGGUGGAGUGUAUGUCCCGCUGAUCCAGACUCCUCGCAACGCGCUGUAUCAACGUCGUGAGAACUUGGCCGUGUACGAAGCGGUGGGGAUCGCAUUAGAAGACUUGUUGUGCAUUGAUGAGCUAGGCCCGCUAUCGACGCGACGCUUGGGCUCUGCUGCGAAUGUGUCUCUGGGCCUGGUCGAUCAUGCAAAGCUCAGUGAGGUAUGGGGCGAUCAACACGUCGUGGAUGUCAUCGUGGACCACCAUGAGGACGAGGGUGCUCAUAUGGAUGCGCCGCUCCGUAUUAUUUAUGCGCCGACCGUGCAUCCCGUCGGCUCCGCCGCCAGCAUCGUGGCCAUGCUUGCCGCCCAGGCGCAGGCGGAAACGGCGCAAGCGUUGCCCUCGGGGGUUGCUGACUUGUUGUUAAGUGCGAUUGUUCUAGACACUCGCAAUCUACGUAUGCAGCCCGACGGCAAAGGCACGCCGAUGGACGUGCGAGCAUAUGCUUCGCUUCUUCCUUCGUCGUCGUUUUACCAGGCGAACACCAGUGUGGAAGCAGUGGAAGCCGUGCAUCCACCACCGAGCCUGACGCAGUCGACACAGGCCUGGAGCGAUCAGCUGCGCCAAAUCAAGAAAGAUGUAUCGCAUUUGGAUACCCAUGGUCUGCUCACGCGGGACUUUAAGACAGCGCAAGUCCAGAUCGGCCAGCGCUCCGUGCAUGUGGGCCUCGCGUCCGUGCCUAUAUCGCUCUCUUCGUGGCUCUCUCAGUCGUACCGCUCGCUCUCGACCGAGUUCAGCGUGGACACGGCCAGAGCCGAGCAUGAAUGGGAUGUAUGGUGGACGUCUAUGGCCUGGUUCAUGCAGGAGAAGCAUUUGGACAUGGCUGUGGUCCUAGCGUCGUACAGUGAGGCGCAAGCGGAUACACAGGAGCGCAAGAGUCGGCGUGAUUUGGCCAUUGCGUAUCGAGACUAUGAUCAUACGAGGGACAGUAGCGCUGAUAUGGCGCGGAUUAUCGCGGGUUUGGAGCAGUUCGGCACCGCGGUCGUAGCGCCGGAUGGCAUAGCGCUGGAUCUACAAACAUGGAAAGGUGAGCGCCGGAUCCCGACGACCGGAAAGAAAGAACGUGUGCAGGGCCUUGAUGCGGCGCAUCGCGUUCGCGCUGUGCCAGGGGUAUGGGGCGCUGUUUGGCGGCAGGGCAAUACGCAGGCGAAUCGCAAGAUUGUCCAGCCUGCGCUGCUGCGUGUAUUGCAAUAUGUGUUAUAG